AUGCAUCCACAUUCAUCUCGCCAUUCCUUUAGAGCUUGUUUGGUCGGGUGUAAUCGUAUUACACCCCUAUUCCCUUCCGUGUCCAUUACUGAUAUUGGCGGUAAUAGCCAUUCUGAGUUUGAAGCGGCGAUUAGGGAUUCCCCACCAAUUCCCAAUUUUAUUUUCCCUUUUCUGCCCUCAUCCUCUCCGGACGUUUCCCAAUUUUUUCCCUUCCAGAUUUCUACUUCUUCUCCUGGUACGGUAAUAUCAAUUCCAUUGUUGUCAUGUUUCCCCCAUAUAGCAAUACUUUCAGGGGUAGUCCUGCAUUUGGUGAUAAAUUGUGCAGCCAUAUUAAGAAACACUCUAUCUGUUUCACUUGUUACUGGAUUAUUCAUAUUGCUGAACAAUGCAGUGCCUCAAAGUCAGAGAGGGGCUGCUAAUGCCAUUUCAAUAACUGCAAUGUCUGUUUUCAAAGCAUUUGGUCCAGCAGGAAGAGGAGCGCUAUAAGUAUCUUUUUUCUUUCCAUUUUCUGUAUGUAUUUUAGCUUUUUAUAUAUGAAUCACACUAGUCUAUUUGAGCAGCAAAAUCUGCACAGUUCAGCACUUUCAAUUUUUACAAACUGGCCAUGCUUUUGUGCCACAAUAUCGUCGACAUAUUCGAGAUUUUGAUAGAGAGGUCUUAGUUUACAUUGUUGAUAAAACGCUGAACUUAAUUAAUUCUUAAAUUUCAAAGGUCUUGAAGGGCCAAAUGUGAGGGUUUCUUAUUAUGGUUGAUUAUAUUGUUAAAAUGAAAUCUAUAGAACCUGAACUAGGUCAAGUUGAUGCAUGUGGUCACCCUUAAAAAGCAAUGCAGUAGAUUUAGUGUUCGAUUCCUAGAAUGUGUAACAUCUUCCCUUAACCUCAAGCCGGAACCUUUUUUAUACCCCUUGCUUAGAGAGACAAAACCAAAGAAUAAUUCAAUCUUAAAUUUAGCAGAUGUUUGUUUUCUUCCUGGCCAAUUUAUAUACCAGUAGAGGUGCUCAUGGGCCGGGCCGGGUUUGGGCCGGGCGCAUAAAAAAUUUCGGCCUGGGUCCUAGGCCCGGGCCCGGCCCGAAAUAUGGGCCUAAGAUUUUGCCCAGGCCCGGCCCGGGAAAAAAUCAUAAGCCCAGACCCGACUCGGCCCGGCCCAUUUUUAUUUUAAAAAAUUAAAAAAAUUUAAAAAAAUAUUUUAAAAUUAAAAAAAUAAAAAAAAAGUAUUUUAAAAAUAUUUUAAAAUUUAAAAAAAUAAAAAAGUAUGUAAAAAAUAUUUUAAAAUUAAAAAAAUAAAUAUAUUUAUUAAAUCGGGCCGGGCCGAGCCGGGCCCGGGCCAAAAAAGUGGUGCCCGAGGCCCGACCCAUUUUCUAAACGGGCCUCGUUUUUUUGCCCAUGCCCAUAUUUUGGGCCUAUAUUUUUACCUAAACCCUCCCAUAUUUCGGGUGGGCCGUCGGGCCGGGCCGGGCCGGGCCGCCCGACCCAUGAGCACCUCUAUAUACCAGAACUACUAUUUUCUUUUGACUCAAUAAGGGUCUUAUCAACCUUUUUUCGUUCAUGAAAAUGUAGAUUUUCUUGGGCACAAGAGCGACAAGUUGCCUCUUUUCUUUCAGGUGAUCAAAUGGUUUUCUUUGCGCUAAUCAUGGUUCAAUUUAUUGGGUUGCUAUUGACUUUCAAGCCCUUUCUUGCUGAACCGUACCAGAGAGAAUAGCAUCAACAAUUAUUUUUUUAGUUCACUUCAUCGGUGUUCUCAUCAUAUGAAUCAUUGUUGAUUAGUGAAUUGACCCGAAUAAAGUUUGUAAUAUUUGGGAUGGUACGUCAUUACAAUGUUCUAACUUUCUGAUGUUGAAAAACUGUAUAACAUAUGGAUUAUGACAUAGAAUUUCAUGAAUUUCAUGUAAUCUUUUGUUAAUAUAUAAAUAUUAUGUUUAUGCAAAAUAUAAUUCUCAAGUUAUUUAUUA